AUGGCGGCGGAGUUCAGCAGGUGCAGGGCAGGGAGGCAUGGCGGCGGUGGGGCGGCGACAGCACCGCGCGGGCCCGCGCAGGGGUGCGCGGGCCCGCCCAGGGGCGGCCCGUGGCGGGGGCGCGUGGCGGCGAGCAGCUGUGGCUGCGCCCCGGUGGCGGUGGAGCAAGAAGCCAGGGGGGAAAUGGGUUGGGGAGGAAGAGGAGGUUACGGGAAAGCUCAUUGCGGGCUCGAUUUGACGGAGAGCGGCCGGAGAACGGAGAUUGACGAACGGGCGGCGCUCCGACGGAGGAGCAAAGGUGGCUUCGGCGGUGCAAGCCCCGAUUCGGCCGGGGUAGGGCUCGGCCGAGUUCGGGGAGGGAUGAAGGACCUCGAGCGCGAGGAAGAAGAGUGGGCCCAUGGUCGAGGAGGGGGCCGCCUGUGA